AUGAAUGCAUCUUCUAUAAAAAAUCACGGAAUUGAUUAUUUAAUUCGAAAGGAUGUUAAUCAAUUGGAAGGUAUUUAUGGGAAAAUAAAAACAAUAUAUGAAGAUUUUCAUGUUCAUGAAAUAACAAAGAAAAAUGAAAUUCUUCAUUUAAAUUACGUUAUAGAUAAAAAUAUAAUUAAAAAUAUUCUUCAAGAAAAUGAGGAAAAAGAAGAUGCUAAUAUAAUAUAUAAUAUUACAAAUAAGGAAGAACAUUUGCAUAUCCUGUCACAUUAUUUGAGUGAAUAUAAUAGAAAGGUUUUCUCCCAAUUUUUAAAUAUUCUUUAUGAAAUGUAUAAAUUAAAAAAUGAAAAUGAGACAGAACAAAGAGAUAAUGAUGGAGAUGAUAAUAAGGAAUAUCAUAAAAAAUAUGAAAAAUGUAAAGAUGAUGAAAAAAAAAAGGAUAUAUUAAAAGAACAAAUAUCUUGUAAUAAUAAAAAUAAUGAAAGUAUUCAUACAAUUCCAUAUUGUCUUCUCACAAACUUAGAUGAUUUAUCUUGUGAUAUAAAAAUUGACAACAAUGAAGAUAUUUAUGACAAUAAAAAUAUAGAAGAAAAAAAAAAAGUUAUUAGAAAAAAUAUUCAUAAAAUUAUAAAACAAUAUUAUCCAUUUUUAUUAACAGAGACAAAAAAUGUUAAUAACAUAGAUCAAGUGAUAUCACAUGGAAAUAUAUUAUUAUUAAAUCAUUAUAUAAAUGAUAGUAUAAAUCAUUUAAAUACAUCUUUUAUAUCAUCUAAUAAUAAAAAUAUAAAUGCUAUUCAAGUAUAUCCUUCAUUAGAUUGUCUUAAAUGUAUAUUGUCUCCUUCAAUUUUUAAAAAAUUAAAAGGAACUUAUAAAAAAUCACGUUAUAAUAAAACGGAAGAAUUGGAAUAUAUCAUCAAUCAACAUUUUCAUAACAUAAACAAAAAAAAAUUAGAUCCUUCACAAGAAAUAAAUGAAUCACAUCUCAGUGAUAGUUAUAAUAAUAAUAAUAAUGUAAAAACAAAUGAACAUAUUUUGAAGGCACGGUUAAAUAUUAGUACGUGUCAUAAUAAUGAUGAAUCUAUUAAUAUUACUUAUGGUAAAAAAAGAAAACUAGAUAAUGAUGGAUAUGAAAAAAUAGAAACAUUAAAUAUGAAUCAUACAAAUGAAAAUCAUAAUAUGUAUUGUAAUUUAAAUAAAAAAAACGAUAUUGAUAAUACUUAUAAACUGCAAAGUAAUAUUUGUGAUAGCAACGCACCAAAUAAUAAUAACUUCUUAGAUAAUAUCAAUCAUAUAAAAAAGAAAAAAAGUGAACUCAAAAAAAAAAAAAAAUAUCUACAUUUUAAUUUAUAUAAAGAAAACAAAGAUAUAUGUGAAAUUCUAAACAAAUUUAAAAUGAAUCUUUCCAAAAAAAAUACAGAUAUAUCCUAUUGUGGAAUUAAAGAUAAAAGAGCUAUUACUGUUCAAAAGUUUUGUAUACACAAAACAAACAAAUAUGAUAUAUAUAAUUUAAUAAGUAAUAAUAACAAUAAAUGGUUUUGUAAUAAUAAUGUAUAUAUAUCUAAUUUGGAAUAUAAAAGAAAAAAAUUAUCACUAGGUAAUUUAAAUGGUAACCAUUUUAAAGUUAUUAUCAGAGGUGUACAUAAUAAUGUAAAAUCAAAUUUUCAUAUUUUAUCUGAAAAUCUAAGAACAAAGGGUUUUGUUAAUUAUUAUGGUCAUCAAAGAUUUGGAACAAAACAAAUAAAAAAUUAUGAAAUUGGUAUAUCUAUAUUAAAAAGAAAUUAUAAACACUCCCUUUCUUAUGUUAUUCAAAAUACAGAAUUGAAAGAUGAAGAUAAACAAAAUUUAAUCACUUAUAUAAAUGAACUAACAGAUCACUCUAUUUAUGAAAAUGCGAUAGAUAAAAAAAAAAAAAAAAGCCAACAUACUAAUGAACAUAUUAAAAGUGAAAAUUCAAUUGAAAAAAAAAAUAUAUAUAUAAAAACAGAUGAGCAACAAAAUGAUCAUAUGUGUUCCUCCCAAAUGAAUGAAUCUACAACUGAUACAAAAAAAAAAAAAAAAAAAAUUGAUAUAUCAAAAGAAAAUCAUAAUAUUUCUGUACCACAAGAAAUUAUAAAUAUUAUUAAUUCUAUUUCUAAUCAUUCCUAUGUAGAAAAAACUAUAUUAAAUUCAAUAAAAAAUAGUAACAAUUUAAAAAACGCAUUUAUGAAUUUACCUAAAGAUAUAUUCUCACUUUUCAUUCAUGCAAUACAAAGUAUUGUAUUUAAUUUAUUGGUUAGUAUAAGAAUGAAAAAAUUUGGACUUCAAAUAGCUUUAGGAGAUUUAGUAGAAAUAUAUGAACAACACCAUUCAGGAUAUUCAAGUCUGGAUGAAUCAAGUGAUGAUAAUACUAGCGAUAAUACAAAUAAUGAUAAUAUGCUCUAUGAAAGUAAAAUUAUUCCAAUCACAGAAAAUAAUAUUUCUUUAUAUAACAUUUAUGAUGUUGUCUUACCUUUACCAGGAGAUAAAAAUAUAGUACUUCCUCCUAACUUGAAAGAAGAAUAUAUAAAAGUGUUAGAAACAAUUAAUUUAACUUUAGAAGAUUUUAAAUCUGAAAAACAUUUUUUCAAUGCGUCAGGAUGCUAUCGAAAAAUUGUAGUAAAACCAUAUAAUUUCAAAUCCAUUUUUAUAAAAAAUGAAUUAAAUGAUUUAAAUAAAAUACCAAUAAUUAAAAGUGAUCUGUAUAAACUUAAAAAUGAGGACAAGGAAAAUAAUACAUUCAUAAAAGAGCAAUUACCAAAUAAGACAAACCAAGCUUCUUCACAAAUUAUAACAGAACAGCAAAAUGUGGAGGACGAAUUAAUUUAUGUAUCUAACGAACAAUAUCAUGAAUAUUUAAUUAAAGAAAUACCUGAUUAUCAAACCACGUCUUCAAUAUAUUUAACCUGUUCCCUACCAAAAUCGUCCUAUAUAACUGUAGCACUUAUGGAGUUAUUAAAAAAUUAA